AUGGCGUACAUAGCUAUAUCUGCCUCUCAAAUCGGGGGCUUUGAAGAGGGGAUCAUUAAGUUUGCAUUGCAGCGAUUGAGCAAGGAACACGAACAGGUGAUGGAACUUGCACUGCAGCAAAUGAGCAGGGAACACAAACGGGUGAUGGAGUUUGCAUUGCAGCAAAAGAGCAGGGAACACGGACGGGUUUUAUAUGGAGUUUGCAUUGCAGCAAAUGAGAGCAAACUUAGCGGCCUUAAUGAUUUAUACAAAUCUGUUGAAGAUUUUCUUCAAUUGCCCAAAAAUCAGAAAAACGUAUCUCAAUCUCAACAAGUAUUAGAUGGAUCUCUAAGACUCAUUGACAUUUGCUCAACAUCUCGAGAUAUCUUGGCAGUGUCAAAGGAACAAAUCCAAAACAUUCAAUCAGCUUUUCGAAGAAAGUGCAACGGUGAACUUGACAUUACCAGUGAAGUCGCUGAAUAUCUAAAAACCAGAAGAGCUUCCAAGAAGACUAUCAAGAAGUGCGUAAAAGAUAUCAAUGCAGUUGAGCCCGUUGCCAUUGAGAGCAUGCUCAAGGAUGUGCAAGCGCUGACUGCUGAAGUCUUUAACUCCUUGUUGUCUUACAUCGGUGGAUCACAGAAGAGUAGCUGGUCUUUCUUUAGCCAAAGAUCUGAGAAGAAAGCAGCAACAUCCUUUGAUGCUGUUGAUGCUCUUCUUGUGAAGAAAGUGAAUGUUGAUAUGUCGCAACUAGUAAAUUUAGAGUCAGAAAUUCAAGAAAUUGACGAAGUUUUGGAAUCAUUGUUUAGGCAUUUGAUGAAGACUAGAUCAACUCUUCUCAAUGUCCUUAGUAACUAG